AUGAAUAAGAACUGGAACGAUAGAGCUGAUAAAGAUCUGUUCUUCACCAUCCUCUCCGUCAAGAACAUUGGCGUCAUCAGCGGAGGAGAAUGGACCACCAUUGGCAACCACAUGCGCACACUGGGUUAUGGCUUCACAAAUGAGGGAUGUCGGUAA